AUGUUACUCCAGUGCUUAAUAACUUUAGGUUCCAAAGCGUACUGCGUUGAAAAGGACGAGGAAGAAAUAAAAAAGGAAAUAUUCAAGAAUGGACCUGUUCAGGCGGCUUUCAUCGCCUACGAAGACUUUAGUCUAUACAAAGGUGGAAUAUACAAACACGAAGGAGGUGAAGAGAAAGGAGGUCACGCUGUUAAGCUUCUAGGAUGGGGUGUCGAAAAUGGAACAAAGUUUUGGAUUGGUGCUAACUCCUGGUCAAAAGACUGGGGAGAAAAUGGAGGGUACUUUCGCUUUCUUCGCGGUGAGAACCAUUGUGAAAUUGAGGAGUACAUCAAUGCUGGCCUUCUCAAAGUAGAUUAA